AUGACUUCUUCCCAACGGCCAGCAAGCAGGGCAGACUUCCGAGUUGCGAUCAUCUGUGCUCUGCCGCGGGAGGCUGAUGCUAUAUGCCUACUUUUUGACCAGUUCUAUGACGAAGACGAGGAGGAUGAAGAGUAUGAGGAUGAGUGCGGAGAGACUGAUGAUAGUUAUGGACCCUACGGGCGGGCCGAAGGGGACUUGAACACCUACACAACAGGUCGCAUCGGGAAGCACAACGUCGUGCUCACCGUCCUCCCCAACAUGGGCACGACCGGGGCGACCGGAUCGGCGGCCAGUAUGCGGUCGAGCUACUGUGGCAUCCGGCUGAUGAUCAUAGUCGGCAUAUGUGGAGGCGUUCCGCGAAUUGCGGGCCAGGACGCCUUCCUCGGCGACGUGGUGGUGAGCAAGAGCAUUGUCCAGUACGACUAUGGCCGGCAGUACCCAGGCAGCUUCGUCGUCAAGAACACGGUCGACGACAGUCUGGGCAGGGCUCACAAGGACAUCCGGGGGCUGCUGGCCUCUCUGGAGACCGAGAUCGGGAGAGAGAGGCUGCGGCAAAAGGCCGGGAUGCAUCUCCGACGAUUGCAGGGCGCAGCUGCACAGAAGCACCGGCGGGCAGACUAUCGGUAUCCCGGUGCCGUGGAGGACCGGCUUUUCCCGCCAAACUAUGCCCACGUGCACAGGAUGUCGCUGUGCUAUGGCUGCGUCGGUGCUGAGACGGCCGCCGGUUUCUGUGAAGAGGCCUCGACGGCGUCUUGCGACGAGAUGGGCUGCAACCCGGCACAUCUGGUGGCAAGGAAGCGUCGUGACGAAGACGACGGCAGCUACACGCCCGAGAUCUUCAUUGGCUGUGUGGCCUCAGGGAACACGGUGAUGAAGUCGGGCACAGACCGCGAUCGGAUCGCGGCGGCACACAACAUCAUCGCGUUCGAGAUGGAGGGUGCCGGCGUGUGGGACGAGCUGCCGUGCAUCGUGGUGAAGGGCAUCUGUGACUACGCCGACAGCCACAAGAACAAGCGGUGGCAGGACUUUGCCGCAGCCACGGCCGCGUCUGUGACCAAGGCCAUCCUGGGGCGAUACAGCGCGGACGAUGCAGCUCGAGCGCGCACUCGGGCCUUGGCCCGGGCUCGGGCUCAGUUUCAGCUCCAGACGGUCGUCGGUAAGGAGGAGCGAGAUCUGCCGCUGUGCAUCUCCGACGUGCCUCGGACACUGCUAACCCACAACAGGCCGUGA